GCGGGGGGAGGGGGGCCGGCUCCACAGUAGGUGAAGCCGCUCGCUCGUCACCACCAUAACCGAAGCAGGUGUCCAACAUGGCCAAUCCACGCUGCGGCUCUCUUGCGACUAUUCUCUUUUUAUUCAGCUUUCAGGCGGCUCUUCUCCAAGGAGCCGCACAGAUUCCAGUGGUGAGUCAAAACCUGGUGACGGACAACGUGUCGGUGGUGGAGGGCGAGACGGCCAUCAUCAGUUGCCGGGUGAAGGACAACGACGACUCGGUCAUCCAGCUGCUCAACCCCAACCGACAGACCAUUUACUUCAGAGACAUGAGGCCGCUAAAAGACGCUCGCUUCCAGCUGGUCAACUUCUCCGACAACGAGCUUCGGGUGUCGCUGUCCAACGUGUCGCUGUCGGACGAGGGCCGCUACGUUUGCCAGCUGUACACGGACCCGCCGCAGGAGGCCUACGCCGACAUCACCGUGCUGGUGCCUCCAGGUAGCCCCCUCAUCGACGCCCGCGACGAGGUCCUGAGCGAGGGCAACGAAACGGAGAUGACCUGCACCGCCAUGAGCAGUAAGCCCGCCGCCACCAUCAGAUGGAUGAAGGGCGAUAAGGAGCUUCCAGGAAAGCCCAAAGUCGAGCUCACUUACGACAGGAUGUACACGGUCACCAGUCGCCUCACGUUCACCGUCAACAAAGAGGACGACGGCGUGCCAGUGGUUUGCAUCGUGGAUCACCCCGCGGUCAAAGACUUCCAAGCCCAGAAAUACCUGGAAGUGCAGUACAAGCCCGAAGUUAAGAUCAUGGUGGAGUUUCCUCAGGGUCUGACGAGGGAAGGAGAGAACCUGGAGCUGUCGUGUCAGGCCAAAGGCAAACCUGAGCCACAGCGGGUCAACUGGGUGAAGGUGGACGACGACGUGCCGUCCCACGCCGUCAUCACCGGCGCCGACCUUUACAUCGAAAACCUCAACAAGUCCUACAACGGAACGUACCGCUGCGUGGCGGCCAACUCUUUGGGGGAGUCUUACGACGACUACAUCCUCUACGUCUACGAUGCUCCCACCACCACCACCCUCACACCCACCACUGCCACCACCUCCACCUUCAUCACCACCUCCUCCUCCUCCUCCUUCCACCCCAAAGCCAGUCAAGACACUGCGCCCAGCACUGAACCUGCAGCUCAUGAUUCUCGAGCCGGCGAGGGAGCCCCCAGAACGGUGGACCACGCGGUGAUCGGGGGAGUGGUGGCCGUGGUGGUCUUCGCCAUGCUCUGUCUACUCAUCGUCUUGGGACGCUACUUUGCCAGACACAAAGGUACCUACUUCACGCACGAAGCCAAAGGGGCGGACGACGCGGCCGACGCCGACACGGCCAUCAUCAACGCCGAGGGCGGCCACAGCAACUCCGACGAAAAGAAGGAGUACUACAUCUAAUCAAAGCAGGACCCCCCCGACACCUUUAGUGUCCUCUUUGGGAUGCAGCUGUUUCUGGGGCGGGGAGUGGGUGGGAGGGGGUUGGGUGGGGGUUGCAGGUUUUAGAAGGGGAUCUGAAAUGGUUCAAGGUCAACUUUAGUGGGCGGGAGAUGCGAAGAAAAGCCGUUUGUCUAGUCUAGUCCGCAGAUGUAGGUUGGAAUGUUUUAUGUGUUUUAAAAAAAAAAGUAUAAUCAAAAAGAAGGAUGGUUUUUAGGACACGGACAAGGGGAUGGGGGGGGGGGGGGGGGGUUGCGGAUGGGAGGUGGGUCCGAAAAUCACCGUAGAGAGCUUCACCAUUCAGCACCUACCUAACAACACGUUUAUUUUCUUGUUGUUGUCGUUGAGUCCCGACCGUUUGCAGAAAAUUCUGUGCCUUGUUCGGAUUUUAUUUUUAUUUUAUUUUUAUUUUUUUUUCCCUGUCGAGUUCACAACCUCCCCGUCUUCGUCGCCUCGGCUUUAAUAGCCGCGAAGGGUACGG